AAUUCUGACCGCGCGUACCUAUUCAUUGUCGUCGCAAACCCAAAUCCCCAUGAACAGCAACCCUCGAUCAUUUCAUGGCAAUCGGAUCGCUUCACAAGAGAAAGCACAGCAAGCGAUCAAGUCUUAAGCCGCACACGGCAAUGGCUUUGCGCCCGAGCCCUUCUUCCAACCACGAAAAAUCCUAUCUGCUUGUUUCGGUUCUUUUGGUUCUCUCUGUUGUUGUUCUACUGGGCAUUUCAUCGAGCGCGUGGAGCAAGUUCAAAUCCCUUGACGAGUCAUUUCCCAGAAUCUACACGAUCGAGGUAGUUAACGAGUUUCCUCACGAUCCCCAUGCCUUCACUCAGGGGCUUCUUUAUGGAGGAAAUAACACCCUAUUUGAGUCAACUGGUCUUUAUAAGGAGUCAUCAGUUCGGAAAGUAGCUCUUCAGAGUGGGAAGGUUGAGGUUCUCCAAAAGAUGGAUGAUUCUUACUUUGGGGAGGGUUUAACUCUUCUUGGUGAAAGGCUGUUCCAAGUAACGUGGUUGAAGAAUACCGGUUUCAUAUAUGACCGAAAUAAUUUAAGCAAAUUUGAGAAAUUUACUCAUCAAAUGCAAGAUGGUUGGGGUCUGGCAACUGAUGGAGAGUUCUUGUUCGGGAGUGAUGGGACUUCAACAUUGUAUCUGAUCGACCCUCAAACAUUUAGAGUCAUAGGACAAAAAAUUGUCAAAUAUAAUGGUCAUGAAGUACACAACCUUAACGAACUGGAGUUUAUAAACAAAGAAGUUUGGGCGAAUGUUUGGCAGACUGAUUGCAUUGCUAGAGUUUCACCUGAGGAUGGUACUGUGCUUGGAUGGAUUCUCCUCCAAACUUUAAGGGAAAAAGUGGCAGCAGCUGCAAAUUCUGCUAUUGAUGUUUUGAAUGGCAUAGCUUGGGAUAGUGAGGAGAAACGUAUUUUUGUAACCGGAAAACUUUGGCCAAAGCUUUAUGAGAUCAAGUUGGAUUCAGCAAAGAAACAAUAUACAAGUGGAGAUAUCGAGCGGUUUUGCUUGCGGAUGCCAGUCCAUUUUGCAAAGCCAUAGCUAAAUACUUGAAGGUCUAGACAUGCUACUUCUGAACUUCUUAAAGAUCUUGCAAUUUUGAGUUGAUAUGUAGCAUUCCUCCUAUAAAUUAGGUCAAUGUCCAGGAAACGCAUUUCACUGUUAUUUACAGAUUUGUACAGGAAACGGAUGCCAUUUUGGGAAAGAGAGCAGUGUUUGGAACAAAUUACAGUAGUAGUAAAAAGGUAGUAACUGGCAUUUUUGAAAGAAUUAUUUGGAUGAGAAAAAGGAAUCCAAUUAGAAAAAGAUUAAAAAAUAAAAAAUAAAAAAAAUCAGUCGUGUGGGUGCCAGUUGAUUCAACUGAUAAAGUUUCAUGUUGAUCUUUAAAAGAUGGAAUAAGUUAUAUAGUUGGAGCGGAAGGGUUUAAGGUAAGAGAGAGUUCAUUGAGAUUCCAAGGAGUAGCUCAAUCGACUAGAAGCCUAGAAUUAUGCUUUAUAGCUUUAUAAAAUAGAGGUUAUUAGUUCGAAUUUUUCUUUUUCCUUCCUUUGGGUAUUUUUUACUUGUGGUUGUGUAGUGCAUAGGUCUAAGCGGACCAGAGUAUGUAUUGGCCAAUGAUAUAAGAGUAUUUCCUUCUUAACUA